UCUUGGGGAAAUUCGGGCUGAAGUCCCUCAAUGUGUAUUUAAACGAAGUCGAGGACAUCGAUGCAUCAUUCAUAAGCUAGCUAUCGAUGAGAAUUAUCGUGUAUAAAACAUAAUUAUACAUAACCUUAGAUAAGCUCAAAAUGGUGUACCGGUUAGGAGUAUUAGUCCUAGCGGCAGGCUAUCUUUCCGUCACGCUCGCUCUACCUCCAUGCGUCUGCAACAGGAAUCUACAGCCGGUGUGCGGAUCGGACGGACAAACAUACAACAACGAAUGCUUGCUUGACUGCGCAGCUACCAAAAAGCCAAACCUACGUAUUGCAAGACCGGGUAAUUGCAAUGGAAUCAGAUCGACACGGGAGACCGGAGAGAGAUUGUGCGCUUGCCCAGCUAACUUCGACCCCGUGUGUGGCAGUGACGGAAAAACGUACCCGAACGAAUGCUCUCUUAGCUGCACACCCAACGUAGCAGUUCAAUCCCGAGGACUCUGCAGGGUGAAACGGGAGGAAAUCCAAGUGGCUUCUUUGAAUUUACCAAAAUGCGAAUGUUCGUCCGAGUCCAGUCCCGUGUGCGGAAACGAUGGACUAACAUAUCAAAGCCCCUGUUUAUUAAACUGCGGUAAGGCCUACAAUUUCAACUUGCAGUUGGAACACGACGGGCCCUGCGAGAUCGUGCGAGCAAAACCCGUAGGCAAUGUGCCACCGUGUUCUUGCAGCAGGAAUUUAAGUUUUGUCUGUGCCUCUAAUGGAGUCACGUAUAAUAACGCCUGUCUCAUGAAGUGUGCAAGUGAAGAGUUGAGCAUAGUUCGUGAUGGGCCUUGCGAAAUUGCAUAUUAAUUAAGUCCACUUUUGUAUUUCGAAAAACUAUAUUUUGGCGCCAAAAUUCUCUUAAUUGCAAAUAGCAGAUGUGAAAUGGAACUUGUGAAUAAUGGAUUUUGUAUAUUUUAACACACCAAUGCGCUUAAACAAAGCAUAAAUAAAAGACAUUAUAACUUUAAAA